GUUGAGUCGUUGUUGUUUAGUAGUGUGUCGGGACUCCGGUGAGAGAGGUCCUGUCGGCUGUCGCUCCGCGCCGGCCGCAUCGCGAGCACGUGACGAACACGCGCGUGCGUGAACGGUCGCGAGUGUGUCUGUGCGUUAGUGCCCUUGCGUCGUAUGUGUGUGUGUGUGUGUUCGCCGAUUUCAAGACAAGUGUAGCCGGCCACCACGCGCCGCAUGGUGCGAAGUGAAUCAAGUUCUCAUUGCCGUACGAUAGAAGUAGCUUUUUCGCUGCUGUGUUUCUGAGUGCGUCUGUGUGUGUGUGCCAAAAUGCCUCGACUCGGCGAUCUGCUGCGUCUCUCCGCCCUCGCGCUUUUUGGAUUAAUUCAAUCAUGUACGGCGGGAUGCUACUUCCCCGCGGAGCUGCAGGGCCAGUUCGUGAUGCAGCUGCAGUUCCAGGGCACGCAGGCCCUGGCGCAGGCUGGCAUCGGGCACGUCCAGUACUCGCAGGUCAACAUCAGCUCGGACAACAUCCCCAUCUGGGGCCGCUGCCACCGCCGCAUCGGCAACAACGUCAUCCUGCUGGACAGCUCCGGCAGCGCCAACUGCACGCGCUGCUUCCACCUCAAGCUGGUGGCGCGCAACGUGCUGCAGGUGCACACCGAGGAGCUCUCCAAGUGCUACACCACGGAGGAGGCGGCCAUGCGGACGUGCCCCGACGAGACGACGCUCAAGACCCGCUCCAAGGAGAUCCUGCUCUACAAAACCAAGGAGCUGGACGGCGAGGAGGUGCUGAAGGAGUACUGCCCCGUGUCGGGCAGGUUCACCUUCACGUACAACGUCAACGACGGCCUGGAGAACAAGCAGGAGUGCCCCACGCCCGACUCGGAGCUGGACAACUGCCCCGCCGGCAACGCCAUGAACGUUCGCUUUAGGGGCUGCUCCUUCGAGAACCACAACAUCACGUUCGAGUGCCUGGGCCACUGGACGGGCACCGACAACCAGCGCUACCUCGCCCUGCUGGACACCAGGGUGGACGCCGUGCGCCGCGCCCAGUACCGAUGCGCCAUGUACCGCGAGGACGAGGCCACGGGCAUGACGUACAUCGCCUUCUCCAGCGACUCGACGUGCUCCACGGACCUGCACUCGGCCACCCAGGGCUACGAGACGCUGACCCUCCGCAAGGUGCCGACGGCGCCCUGGCCGCGCCGCGUGGAGACGGCCGCCUGCAGGUUCCCGUCGUGGGCGCAGGGCCGCUGGGAGCACGUGACGGUGGGCCACAACUCGCUGACGUACCGCGACCACGCCGAGCUCAAGACGUUCUCGCUGCGCUGCAUCGGCCCCGACCAGGGCGAGUCCUCGGAGCGCGUGCCCGUCUACUACCGCACGCAGUGCGGCCACGAGAAGUACACGUGCGUGUGGCUCAAGCACCACGGCAGCAACGUGCUGGAGUUCCAGAUCGGCCUCCAGGAGAGCGACCGCUUCAACAACAGCCUCUGCUCGCUGAGCAACUUCCGUGAGAAGAUCUGGGUCACACAAGGAAGAACGGACCGCGUGCAGGAGUCCCCCUGCCCCAUCACCGGCGAGUACAACGGCCUGAUCCCGGACGCGGACGGGCUGUGCGCCAAACUGUCGUCCGACUGCGCCAACCCCGACGUCAUGUACUACACCGUCUCGGACUGCGGCGACGAAGUGUACGAAGAGAGGCAGUAUCGUUGCCUUGGCCAGUGGCAGGAAGGCAAACUGUUGUACACUUACACACAGCGUAAAGAUGUUGGAACAUACGAGUGUUUUGUUGGCUCCAAGAUUUCCCCGACAGAAAUUUACAUCAAGGAAGCAGGUGAACACUGUGAAAGGGAUGCCAAUCCACUUGAACGUGGCAUGCUUCUUCACAGGAAAGGUGGCACAGAUGCUUGCGUGGGAUCCGUUCCUGUCCCUCCACCUGCUCCAUCCUCCCCAACUCCUCGGCCAAGACCAACAACACAAUGGUCGGUCACAAGGCGGCCAGUGGAAACUCACACAAAACCCUGGAAACCAAUCACAGCACCACCUCGUCCGAAGCUACCAGUCCAGAGCACAGCAUCAGCACUUCAAUCAUCUGCAUUGUGUUUCUUAUCAUGUAUUCUAAUCAUUCUUCUGAAACAAUUAUAAAAAAGACUGCAACCAUUUUGGACCUAAGGGUACUGUUAAACAGGCAAAUAUAAUGCCAAACUCAAAAACAUUUGGAACCUUAGGGUUUGUGAUAUGUCUAAAUUUACUGAGGGUUUUCACUGCAGUUUUUGCUUGUGGAAACCUUUCAGACUUGAUCUCGCUAAAACUCAAAAGGCUGGGACAUUGAAAAAAAAAAGUUUUAUUGUUGAAACCAAUUGCUCUCUGUGAUUAAUGUACUUGUACAUUUUCAUCAGUAUUUGCAAACAAGCAGUGCCUAUCUAUAAAACAGGGUACAGAAGCCUGAUAAGAGAAUGGUAAACUAGAUAUAUGUAUACUUAAAAUGGGGAAUCUACUUAUGCCAUUUUGUCAUGUAUAUCAGUGUGAUACAAUAGUUUGCUUUGAGUCCUACAUCAAGGUUGCAUAUUUAUUGGAACCAUCUUCACUAGUCUUUAGAUGAAUGUUUUAAAUAAGGAAGGCUUGAAUUCAAAUUAUAAAACCAGUAGUACAACUUAUUAAGCCUCUGCAGGUCUCCUGUAGAUUUUGGAGAUUGGCUGAACAGUUCCUUCAAACUCAUGGUUUUAGCCACCAGUUCAGAAAUUUUCAAUGUAGUUGUCAAAGGCGUCACUUAAUCAUCUCCAUAUGUUUUGGACAUUACCUUCUGUAAGAACAUUGAUCACAGGACACUCUUGCUAUUGUGAGUACUUCUAUUAUUUAUUUGUGUAUAUGUAUUUUAUUUUGAUCUAUCUGUAAUUAAGUUUACAUUUAUUUAUUGCACUUUAAUUGGAGUGUAUUUUACACCAGGUUUUUAGUCAUUAUAUUUAGUUGUUUAUAUCAAAUCGUCCAGAGGGAGAAUGCCAUGUGUUGAUUUUAAUUUGUGUGAACUGGUAUGCAGUUGGUAUGCAGUUUUUUCUUGCCAGAAUUAGUAACUCGAACAAAUGACAUUUUUUUUUCCAUUGAUUAUCUGUUCAAAGUAUACCUUUAAAUCUAUUCCAGUUGUUAUUCUAAUUGCAUACCAUGUACUUCAUGCAGGGAUUGUUUUAUGUAUAUGAUUUAAGGCAUAAUUUGUAUUAAUAUGUGAUGCGUGUGAUAGAAGAGAAAGAGGAAGCAUGUGUAAUAUAGCUAAAUUACUUUUAUGUUCUUGUAGAUAUUCUGUGAAGAUAAUGAUUUUUCUUGUUAUUCCCUUAGGACCUCAGCAUUUGAACUGUACAUAAAAUGUUCCUAUAUUUGAUUUUUCAAAAAUAUUCUAUAAGGUUGAUGAUGUGGUCAUUUGGGUGAACAAGUAUUUUGUACAUACCUAGUAAUCUACACUGUCUCAAAUAAAGUAUGUGAUGUGAAAGAAAUUAA